CAUCUUUUUAUCAAAUGCUCAGCCGCAUGCUGGUCACGUGACGUGCAGGCCGACAGCGGGCGUUUUUGCCGUCAAACUCCUCGACGAGCCUCGAUGAAAACGGGUCUGCGAGCAGCUGCGGGGCGUCCCUCCACCACGACAGGAGUUGCGUUAAGGCGCAGUACCGCCGUCGGCCUGCGGGGGGCGACAUUUCCCCGCUUCGCUCUCCUUCUUCAUUUACAUGGAGAAAAAUGGCGGACAGGAGCUGUGGAGGCUUCAUCGGUUGAGCUGCUGGCAGUUUAAAAAAACAACAGAAGGGCACACAGUCGCCGUGGAAGGGGGCCAAGCGUGUAGCGAGGGCACUGCCGUACGAGCAGGGCGAGGUUAAUCUCUGAACUGGCACCAAACGUCGUUUGUUUAUUCCUCGAAACGAGAGGCUACAGCCGAGCGAGGAGCCACGAAAACAAGUCGGACAUGAACGGGGAGAUUGUAUGCAAUAGUCAUUCAGUCACUCUCUUAAGCUGCACCAAAUCGCCAGUUCACGAUGAGAAUACGAUCAAGCUGACGCAGGAGGGACGGUGCUCUCCGAUAUGCUGCCAGCAGAAUGAAGCUCAGAGGCAGGGAGAGGGCAGGAGAACAAACACCAUCAGCGCCACACCAAAAGACUCGACGACUGACUUCCCAGAGAUGGAGAGCAGCUACAGCCAGUGUUCACCCUGCUGGUCAGAUGAACAGCCGUCGCCUCCGCAGCUCUUCUGCCGUCGCUCCUCCGCCGACCUCCCCCUGCCCCGCGGCAACAGCUUAUCUCACGCUCCCCUCCACGCCAGCAACAACAGCGCUCUGCACGGCCACCAGAGGAGGGCGGUCCGCCGCAAGGUCAAAGGAAAGAAGUCCACGCUAAGAAUUGCCGGAGGGAAAAACUCUCAAAACCGGAAAGUUACAGAUUACUAUCCAAUAAGACGAAGCUCGAGAAAAAGUAAAACAGAGCUCAAGUGUGAAGAAAAGAAGCACAUAGAUGAGCUCAUCACAAAGGGAAUAGAAGAAGGAAUGGAGGUGCAACAUAUAGAAGGAAAGGGGCGAGCAGUGUUUGCCACUCGGUGUUUCCAGAAAGGCGAGUACGUGGUUGAGUACCACGGAGAUCUGCUGCAGAUCACCGACGCCAAGAAGAGGGAGGCUGAAUACGCUCUGAACCCCGCCACCGGCUGCUACAUGUACUACUUCCAGUACCUCUGCAAAACCUACUGUGUGGACGCCACAAAAGAGACCGGCCGCCUGGGUAGGUUGAUUAAUCACAGUAAAAACGGAAACUGCCAAACCAAACUCCACGACAUCAACGGCGUCCCUCACCUCAUCCUCGUCGCCUCCCGAGACAUCGACGAGGGUGAGGAGCUGCUCUACGACUACGGAGACCGCAGUAAAGCCUCCAUCGCGGCUCACCCGUGGCUCAAAUAUUGAUCGGGGGGGUCCACGACAAAAAGAAAAAAAAAGGGAAACGUACAGUAACACUUGUGUUUCUCAUUAGCUAGUGUACAAAAUGCCUUAGAAACAGAAUGUGUACCCUUUUUGUUGUAGGCGGGGGGGGGGGGUUGUGUUGGGGAGGUGAUCACAUUGAGGUCCGUCUGCCUUGUCAGAUGACAUCUGUACUUUUUAUUUAUGUGUAUAUGAAACAUUCUGGUUGUUUUGCAGCACAUUUAUUUUGUACAUUUUGUAUUUCCUAUAGACCAAUGCUUCUACAGCAUGCAGGUGGUAGUUAAUGCUCUGCAUUUUUAUACUGCUUUUUCUUAAUUAGUAGUUAGCAAUACUUAUAUUUAUGGCCCCAGAGCCCUUUUUUUGGAUCAGCAAGAACUAUGAGAUGCAAAAUAAUUACAAACCCUUUUUUAAAGAGAAGAAAAAAGAAACUGUUCAAGUUUGAUUUCAGACCAUCAAAACUCUCAAUCUACCGUUCGUUGUUUAGUGGAAGUGUGAAAGUUUACCAAACUCACGGUUCAGUCGGCGUCUUUGGCUCCUGAUUCUAAAAACUGUGACACUGAAUCAAAGUAUUAAACUUUUUUUGAAGUGUAAAAUAAAAUAGUGUUUCGCAUACCGACGCAAACGAUCCCACAAACUGAUCAAAUCAAUAUCUAUUUCUCAGUGUUCAUGCUUUUUUUUUCUUUUUUAGAAGUUUUUUUGCCUUUAUUGUAUUUUUUUAAUAUUUAAGAUGCACAAUACUUUUUAUUUAUUGUGUAAUUAAUGUUCAGAAGCAACAACAAACAGAACGUUCUGUUAUGUCAGUUUAAAUACAAGGAAGAUAUACGAGGAAUAUAAACUUGAUCUCAGUUCUCAGCUGUCAAACUUCUCUUUUAACUCACUUUAAUCUGGAUUCUUUCACUCACAGCGCUGUCUGAUAUUUCUGCACUAUGUAAAUAUAUUUAUUGGCUUUCUGUUGCAAAUCAAAGGGUGUUUUACAGGAAUAGUUUAACGUUUGGGAAAUAAUUUUUUUGCACCUUUUCACAUCGAGUUAGAGGAGAAGUUUCAUUCACUCUCAUGUCUCUAAUGAAGCUGAUCAGAGUGUCGAACCUGCGAAAGCUUCAUGAAAUAUCUUAAUUUUUAACUUGCAGUUAUACUUUCAGAAGAAAAAAAAACAGCACUGCUGAAAAAAUCGUUUCUCGUUUGAUUUUUUCCAUUCUUUCGUCUCUUCUCGUACGUACCUGUUGAUCUACAGACGUGCACCAGGUUUUUCUCUGUGAAUCAAUCAACACUUAAUCUUGAGUUCCGAAAAAGACUCAUUAUUCACAGACAUCAUUGUGUUUGUUUAUUCCGUCUGUCAUGUUCUGUGGCUGAAUUACUUCCCGUCAUGUCCGCCUCGCUCGUUGGAUGUUUUGGUUGUAGCUUAACUUUUCAUCAGAAGUCCAAAGUAUUGUGACCUGACGAAGCCAGAACAAUCACGAGCACCAAAGAAGUACUGACUGAUGCUGUUAACGUUAGCCAGGCUAGCUGCUUCCCCCUGUUUUACAGUCUUAAUGCUAGGCUAAGCUAAUAGCAUGCUGGCUGUAGUUUCAUAACUAACACAGACAUGAGAGGAGUUGAAGUUCUCAUCUAACUCCCAGUAAAGAUUCAUCGAUCUCUACCUGCCCACGUGUCCUUCAACUAACCCAAAAAAGGGUCAUUACGUCACUGAAUCUCUCUCUGGUUGCAGACUGUGGUGUCGGCUGUAUUGAAGUCUAUGAGAGACGCAUGGAGAAACACUGAAACCCAACAUUUCUACGUCGUUUGACUGCUGAUGAAGAAAUGAGAGAACAACAGCACAGAGAAGUUUAACACCUGAUUUUGUUUUUCAAAAAAAAAAAAAAACAUGAUGACGUUGUGACCAAACGGAGCCUGUUCGACCAAAUAUCGCUGAAGAAAAACCAAAAAAUCAAAAAUCCAGGGAAGAACAACACGUCGAUAAAAGAAAUCAGGUGUUGAUCUUCUCUCUGCAGCGUGUUCUGUCAUGUCUUCAUCAGAUAUGUUGGGUUAUAACACAGUCUGGCAAGAAUUAAGAGAUAUAAUGACCCUUCCACCUGUCCAGGUGACAGCAGAGUCGAUGAGUUUCUGAUAAUAUAAAUAAUCAAAAACAGACAAAAUCUGAAGCAGCGUUUUACACACGGCGGUCUGUGAGGCUCCACUGUUGUUUAGUCGUCUCACUUGUACUGUUAGCUUCACCAUCCACCAUUUUAAAGUCUUUUACAAUGUUAGCUUAUUAGAAAAGAGUCUUUUUAGGUCGCAGUGCGUCACAUGAUGGUUUCGCCGCUACAGAGGUUUGCUUCACAGCCUGGCGCUCGUCCCGGGGCCUUGAUUUCUGUCGGUGCUUCUCAGUUUCAUCCGCAAAAGCUCAGAAAAGUUGCACGAAAACGGACAAAAAGAAAUGCAGAUAUUGAGCAUAAAUGAGCUUUCAGGAAGCGAAGAGGUGCGUUUCCCAAAUCUCAGACUCGUUCCUGACAGGUUGAACGCGGCGGUCCUGUUCCAGCCUCUCCGACUCGCCCGGUGCCGACUGUGUUUGGUGAACUCUUACACUCCUGCGUUAAACUAUCUGCAGGUUUUCUACACAUCUGUUCUUCCCGCUCACAACCAGAUGUUCCAUGUGAAAGUGUUUAACAGCUGAACCGCCAACAGGUCAUUUUUUUUAACUUUAUAUUUUAGCAGCUUUUUCAAAACGUGUUGUUUUUUUUCUCAUGAAUUGUAGCCAGAAGGUCAAAUUUACCUCAAAGGGUUUCGGCUCCAAUCAGACAUUUCUCUCUCUCUCUCUCUCUCGCUCUCUUUAAACGUAUUUAUCUUGAUUUAUCUUCACUUAGAAAAUCUCUGAGAGACAAAUUGAUAUUUUUCCUUUAGCUAAUUCCUAAAAUAUAUAUGAAUAAGUAUAUAUAUAUAUAUAUAUAUAUAUAUACAAUAUUUUAAAAACUCAUUUCUAAUUCUGUGCUUUUGUUUUUCUUCAUAGAAACAACAUUUCAACAAAGUAUUUACUAUUUUAGCUUGAAAAAUCAGAUUACUUUUGUCAAAUUACCCCCCAAAAAAUAUUCACAUGCAGUGCUGCAGUUGUGAUUCUGAUGGAUCUGAAUCCUGCUCCUCUAAUUUGUUAUCUGGAAGUGUUUAAAUCAGAAUAAUAAAUGUCUCAAAUCCCAGAAAAACACCAAAAUCAACAACGUGUUCGUCUGUUUCUCAGUAUUUCCCGACUUCCUGUCUGUGACUCGCACCUCCAAACCAAUCAGUCAAUCAAUCAGUUCCUAAGACGGCUGCUCACAGAGGAGGAAAUGGUGUAUUUAUUGGUUCUAUUUCCACAUUUGUUGCUGUAGUGAGUGUUUGUGGCAGCAGGACGGUGUUUGUGUUCACUGAUGUGUCUUUAAAAGGAAGAAGACACAUCAGAUAAACACAACACUUGUUGGUUUUGGUUCUUUUUUCACGGGAUUUAGUGAAAGUUUAAACACACUUUAAAAGUUAAACACAGUGACGGGACGAGCUUCAGGACAAUUAUAAUGAUAUAAAUGAAUUUAUUCCGUAUUUGAAUUUAGUUGUUCAGCACAAACACGAUGAGAUCAAAUGUAUUUGUGCUGACACUCUUAUUUUAUUUGGCUCUCGAUGACGUAGCACCUUAAAACCGACAUCCUGCCAGUGAACACGACGCAGAAUAACACGUUAUUAUAUCCUGUUGUACAGCACGUCCUCUUCUUAAAGCUGCUGUCGGUGUUAUUUCUAAUAUCUCAAUCAUAACAGAUUUAUGAGUUUGGUGCGAUUUAUUGAGGUGAAAUUUUUGGGCUCCGUCUUAAAGAAAUAGUUUUGAUGUUUUGGGAAAUGUUUGUUUUCUUGCCGAGCGUGAUAUUUACACCUCCUGUUGAAUAUGAAGCUACGACGACAGGAUGCUUAGCUUAGCUUAGCAUAAAUACUGGAAACAAAUGGAAACAGCUAGCCAAGGCUUUGCACAAAAGGGUGACAAACAUUUCCUUUACUUGACUUGUUAAAUCUCAUGUUGGUAGGCUAGCAGUUUCCCCUUAUUUCCAGUCUUUGUGCUAAGCUAAGCUAAUCACCUCCCGACUGUGGCGUCAAAUCCAAGCGACAGAUGUGAGAGUGACAUCGAUCUUCUCGUCUAACGCUGGGCGAGAAAGUGAAUUAGGGCAUCGUCCCCAAACUGUCAAACUCUUCCCUCAGGCCCCCUGAAAUCCAAUUUUACUGAUUCAUAGGAUGUUUUGUUUCUAAACUCUGCUAAAAUACGGAGAGCUGGCCGUCGUACCAGAUGUUCUCCAUCCUCUCUGUGGCCGUCGAUGCUGUGCAGGACAUUUUACAGAAAAGUGUUGAAAAUCAUGAAAGGACUGAAGUCAGUGUUACUACAGAGAGUUUCAGACUCCUCCACAGUAGCAUCGUGUCACAUCGCGUGUUAAAUGUUUUUCCUUUGAACCUUUUUCUGAAACAAACACGUCACAUUUUGGAUUUUUUUUUUUCCCAUCACAUAGAACUAAUGCAAUAAUACCUGAGGGGCAAAACUGACCUGUUGGCCAUUCUAGGACAUAAUAAUAGAUCUUUGCUGUUGUAGCGUUGAAUAAAUCUUAAUGCUGGGGUUUAGGCAUCGAUGAAUAAAGAUGUAAUAUGCAAAUAA